CGGAGGAGAGGCCGCGGGCGCUGGCUGCUGCGGCGGCCAGGCCCAGGCCGUGUUGCCACGAGCCGGUUUCGGCGAGCCAGCCGGGAGCGUGCGGGCCGGGGACUUGCAGGAUGCAUGUGCCAAUGGAGCCAAUGGCCCGUGCUGGGCGGGGCAGGCCACUGGACCGCCUUUGCCAGGCUGCGCCUUUGCCCGGGGAUGCUCCGGGAGCGGGGCGGAUCGGCUUCUUCCUGGGCUCCUCCCGCUGCCUCGGCGCCUCGGCCACGUCUGAAAGCAGCUCAUUGUCUCUGUCGGCAGCUCGGAGCCGCGGCGGUGGCGGGAGGCAGCGACAAGGUGAAGGUGACAUGCUGAUCGGAAGCAUUUGUCAGUAUUUCUUAGCUGCAACAGUUGCUACAAGUGAGGCACACAGCACGCACCUCAGCCCAAUCGUCCUCGGACUGUUUGAAUUUGCAGACCCUAUUGUACCGGCGCUGACAGAGUCUCGACUUUUCUCAUUGCCCUUCCUCGGUGAGAAUGGCAAGGAUUCGGAUUCCUAGCACAAUUGUUCUCAUUUUUGUUACAGUUCAGACUGGAUUCUUACUCUUCAUGUAUGCCCGGUACAGUAGCUUCACACCUCAGUCUGAGGAGAAACCAUCACAAGUCCACGUACUUAUUCUCUCCUCUUGGCGGUCAGGAUCUUCUUUUGUUGGUCAACUUUUCAGCCAGCAUCCCAGCGUCUUCUACCUGAUGGAACCUGCAUGGCACGUGUGGGUUACAAUGUACCAGAACAGUGCCAAAGUCUUACACAUGGCAGUGCGGGAUUUAGUCAGGUCAGUCUUUCUGUGCGACAUGUCUGUGUUUGACGCGUACAUGCCUUGGAAGAGAAACUUAUCCGAUCUCUUCCAGUGGGCAGCAAGUCGGGCUCUGUGUUCAGCUCCUGCUUGUGACUUUUUUCAACGUACCGACAUAACCAGUGAAUUGGCAUGCAAGACCCUUUGUGGACGGUAUCCAUUCAGCAAGGUGGAGGAAGCCUGUAAAACUUACAGCCACGUUGUCAUCAAGGAAGUUCGGUUCUUUGACUUGAAGGUCCUGUACCCCCUUCUCACUGAUCCAUCCCUGAAUCUCAAAAUUAUUCACCUGGUCCGUGACCCCAGGGCGGUUGUUAAGUCACGGGAACAAUCAGUCAAAGCAUUAGCCCGUGACAAUGGAAUUGUCUUGAGUACCAAUGGCACUAAAGUGGAAGAUAGCAAAUACAAAGUAAUGCAAGAGGUUUGCAGAAGUCAUGUUCAGAUUUAUGAAACAGCUACUCUAAAACCACCUAAUUUCCUGAAAGAUCGCUAUUUAAUGGUGCGUUUUGAAGAUCUGGUAAGAGAACCAUUAUCAGAAAUCUCAGAAAUGUAUAAAUUUACAGAUCUUAGUUUGACUCCCAGGCUCAAAAGCUGGAUCUAUAAUAUCACACAUGGACAGGGACCGGGGAAAAAAAAAGAAGCCUUCAAAAUAACAUCUCGAGAUGCAGUUAGUGUUUCACAGGCCUGGAGAAAUAUUCUUUCCUUUCAGAAAGUUAAGAAAAUACAGGAAGUUUGCAAAGGUGCUAUAAACAUUCUUGGUUAUCAGCUGGUGGAUUCAGAAAAAGAACAAAGAGAUCUAACAUUGGAUUUGGUGUUGCCAAGGCGACAAAAUCAAUUCAGUUGGUCAUCAUUUAAUCCAAAACACUGAGACAUUUUUGAGAGAUCUGGGAGGUGGGGAGGGCUAGUUAUUUGAAUAUUUCUCUACUGUGCAGCAUAUAGUAGUUGGAAAAUCCUUGGCUGAUGACUUUAUGUUUUCCUCUACUCCUUUUCUGCUAAUGUAAGAAGGUUUUUUCCCCUGAGUUUUUUUACAUUAAAAAAAAGACAGCGAAGUUCUUGUCAGCCCUUUACUGUGCUGCUCACAACAUUGUCAUAAGAAUAUAAUUUAAGCACCUUCUAUUAAAAGAUGGAUU